GUUUAGUCUUUCAUAAACCAUUGUUACUACAGUACAUUUUCUGUUCGGGCCGUACAGUGCAGUUUAGUUUAUAAGAAAGAAAGAAAAAGAAGGAGAAAAAAACGUUCAUUCGGCAUGCUAUUUUAAUCAAGUUAUAUACAACAUGUGAAAGGUCAUAGCAUAUCUUUUUCCGCUUCUUAUCUGAGGAAAUGUCGAUGAAUAAAAUUUCUAUGAAUUUUUAUUUUGUAAAACACGCGUCAUUAAUACAAAAGUACUAAAAAAGAAAGACAGUCAACCAUUUUAUAUUAUUAGCAAAUCUGAAAUAAUCAUUUUUUUCAUUAUUUAUUUCUUCGUUUCCACUUCAAAAGUACGUUGCGUAUAUACCACAUUCAUAUAUAAUGUGAAGGGUAUUAAACGAGACUAGACAAGAACAAGUUUGUUUAGAUAAAUAUAAGUAUAAUUCAUAAUAUAUACAUAGAUAGAGAGACAUUUAUUUGUCAGACUUAAUUUCGGAUUCAUUAUGAAUGUAAUGUGUUAUCAGUAUAAUCUUCAGCAAUAAAGCGACAUUUGCAACCGACAAAAAAAAAGUAAUAUUAAAAGAGCAACAGUUGAUCAAGUUAAAAUAAAAAUCUAAAAAUACUUUGUUUGAUUUCGUGUCGAUUCGAUUAAGUCUAAAAAUAGAAACUAAACAACAAAAAUAAUAAAGCAGAAUUUGUAAAAAAAAGCCGAUAUACAUUCAACAUCUUCAAAGUGGUCUUUGUGUAUAGGUACACCCGUUUUUUAAAAAAAGUCCGUGUACUACAACAAAAUAUCUAUUUGUUAAACAAUCACUGCCUGAAUGGUGUGUGUUGGUUAGACACUUUGCUGCGACCGUAACGCUUAUAUUAUAUAUGUUAUUUUUGAACAAAACUAUUUUAUUUAUAAAUGCCGAACAACAACAGAAAAAAAUCUACCUCAUUCUCGGUAAUAUAAUGCUAAAUUAUGCACUUGUUUGUGUGAAAUAUUCAAGUUAACAAUUCAAUUGACUCUUUUUUUUGUUGAAUAAGUAUUUCGUGAUGAAAAUGUGUGAUAAAAUAUCCAUUGAGUGAUGUGCCAAUCGUUCGUAUAAAAUCUCGAACUCCUAUAAUACUGUACGUGUAUGUAUAAUAUGCUUGAUUUAUUGUCACUGUAACACAACAGUUUAGAGUUCAAUCUGUGAACACAAGUCACAAGUGAUCUUAAUCGGAAAUGAAAUGAAUUUUUAAUAUUUAUUAAUACGAAAAGAGAGAAAUAAAUCGUUUAAUUAAUUGAAAGUGUUGCAAGUUCAUAAUCGAAUGAAUAUUUUGAUUGAUGUGUAUUGACGUGACAUAGUUGAAUUGAAAACUAUGCUAUAAAAAUGUAUACAACAUUGGAACGGAUUCUACAUGGGAGUAAUAAGACUAAUUGGCACUUGAACAAAUUCAUUCUUCUGUUGUCAGCAGUUAUUAUAUCGGUGUAUGGCCGUACAUUUGAUGAACCCACCGUUUCGAAUGUAAUGUUAACAACAGCCGCAACUGUUACCGCCACCGACUCGCCAAAUAUCUGUUUUUACGCAACAGAAGACCUGUGUAGUCUACCCAGAGAAAAUGAAAGUUGCAACGAAUGCAUUCCACAUCCGACAGUUCCAAACUCAUUGGUAUGCUGUAACGUUACCGAUAUUGAAAAGUCAAUAUCUUGUGUGCCAUAUCCUGCGUCAGCGGAUAAUUCAAGCGAUUCGUAUUGGAUUAAUUUACAUAUUCGUAAUGCCACCAUCGACGAAUUGGACAUACCGCACAAAUACUGGAAGCGACUCGAUUCACUGGUGAUUACCGAUGGUCACAUCAAUCGUAUUACGAAAGAAAUGCCGAAAUUUUCGUCGGUUCAGUGCAUUAACAUAUCAAACAAUCACUUGGUGAACAUCAAUUUACGAGCGUUUAAAGAUCUCGUCCGACUGCAAAUGUUGGAUAUCUCAAAAAACAAUUUAUCGUCAAUGCCAUCACUCAAUAGCAUACCGACAAAUUUGUCAUUGGACAUUCGAGGUAACGAUGGAAUGUUAUGCAAAUCCGUACAGGAGUCACUGGAACGCGGUAAUCUUCAAUUCGUUGAGCCAAAUGCAACUUAUUGCCUCACUAAUCAAACGUUUAAUUGGUUCAAUUCAACUGAUGCAAUACCAUUGAGUCAACUCAUCCGUAUGAAACAGUUGCAGUCUGAAUGUCCGUCUAUAUCGGGUAAAGGGAAUUGUACUUGCAAUGCAGAAGUUAUGACUUAUGAGAAACAAGAUGGAGACAUUCAUCUAGUUCCAGCAUUUACAGUGGACUGUUCAGGAAUGGGUUUGACUGAACUACCGGAAAAGUUACCAAUGAACACUAGAAUUUUUAAUGUGUCCAAUAAUAACAUCACCAGCUUAAAGGCAUUUACGGACAGCUCGUACGAUUUUUUACUUCGAUUUUAUGCAGAUGACAAUCAAGUUGCGUCGAUGCUGGAACUGGAAGGAACAAAAUUUUUGGAAAAUUUCGAGGCUUUCUUUUUGAGAAGAAACAAAAUUAAAUCGAUACCAAUUUACCUCCUGUCGAAUACAUUAGACCGCAGUCCUGAAGGCCGUGUUCUAGCUUUGGAGGGGAACCAUUUGUAUUGUGAUUGCAAUUCAGCAAAAGUACUGAAGUUUUGGUUAGCUAGACAAAAACAUAUCGAGAACAAUGACAAAAUGCUCUGCGAUAAUAUCAAAUCAAAAGUUGCGGACUUAUCCGAAACAAAAUUGUGUCAAUCGUUGCACGACUGGACUGAUUACAUUUACUAUUUAAUAACAGCCGAAAUAUUUUUAUUGUUAGCGUUAGUGAUGAAGGUGUCGUAUGAUUAUUGGAUAUUCAAAACGGCUGGCUACUUGCCAUGGCCAGCUAGUAAAAUGCCGAAAUUACCUUGUGAUUGGCUAUGUGAAUCUUGAAAAUUGAAUUUUUAUUUAUUUGUUCGUUGUUGUAAAUAAAUGUUGCUCUGAUCAUGAA